UUUCACCAAAAGUUUUUCUUUUUCACUUUGUAAUAGCUGUAAUUCAAACCUUCAUAGAUCAAAAUAUAAAAUACAUACAACUCUACCAACUCAAGAAUUCAUUGCUGCUGCUGCUACUACUCAACUAAACCAAGAAUUCAUUGCUGCUGCUACCACUGCUCAAUUAAAUCAAGAAUCUACUGCCACUACUACUACCCAACCAACUCAAGAAAUUACAAUGAUAUUAAGUGAUGUUGAUAGCCCUAAUUCACCAUUAUCAUUAAAAUAUGCUGUAGGAAAACCAUUUGAAAUCAAUUUUAAAUUAAUAAUCAAAACUAGUGAAGGAAAGAGUAAAUUUGCCAAAUUUGCCAAAUCUGAAGCAACUACCUUAUUUGAAUUCGAAGAUGAUAUUGAAGAACUGGUCCAAGAUCAAUGGGAAACUGCAGUUGUUAGAAAAGAAUAUAAUCUAUCAUAUAAAAAAUCAAAAACAAAUGAUAUUGGUAUUGGUUUAUUUGAUGAAGAUGACUGGGAAAGAUUUCUUAAUGAAUACAAGAGUAUUGCUGUUAAUAAGAAAGUUUUAGAAAUAAUUGUAACUAUGAAAGCGAGAAAAAAUGAUAAUAUAAAAAAAUUGAAACAUGAAAGAGAACAAGAACCAUAUGGUGAGAAAAUUAAUGAAUCAAAGAAAAAAAUUAAAAUCACCAAAGAAAAGGAUUUAAGUGAAGAUAAUGAUAAUGUCCGAUUAUCAAAGCUCAUAUUAAACAUAAGGGAUAGACAUUAUUGUAACGAACAUCAAAAACCUUGUUACAUUGAUUCCAGUGGCAUUCAUAUUGAAUUAGGGCCUACCCAUUUAUCUGCAUGGGCUAGAGCAAUUGAUAAUGGUGUAGUAGAUAUUGAACAACCACCCUCCUAUCCAAUGUUUGCACCAUCAAAAAGCAAUCGAAAGAUACAGCAAGUCAGUCCAACAUUUUCUUCUCAAUUUUAUCCUAUGGUAUAUCCAAUAUAUCAACCACCAGUUUAUCCCUCCUAUCUACAAAAUAAUCACCCAAUCAAUUUUUCAUUGCUCUCACCAACAAAACCAAUUAAUUCACAACCAAGAGACAUACCAUCAAUAAAUGACUUUUUAGAAAACUUAGAUCAAAAGUAUGGAAAUGAUUUGUUUACUCGAUUUUUGGACAGUUUUAUUAAUGAAUCAAUUAAUGUUUUGGAUAUUUUAACAUUAAAUGAUUCUGAUUUCAUUAAUUUGGGUGUAGAUAAAAUUGGCAACUGUUAA